GACCUGGGACAAAGUGAAAGUGUAAAGAGACAGAGAGACGCCAACGGCGAGCGAAAUCACAGAGAGAAGGAGAGAGAGAGAGAGAGAGAGAGAGAGAGAUUGGAAGCCGUCGAUACCUUCUAUGCCGCAAACCCCUCUCUGUAUUCUCUCUGUUUCUUGAUUUUGUCCAUUGUUGAGAGAGACGUCCGUUUCUUUCAUCUCCAUCUCCGUUAACUCCCAUCGUAAUAAGCUCUCGCCAGGGUUUAAGAAGAAACCAAAAAAGGACUUCUUCUACCUCGUUUCCAUCUCCGCCUCGGUUUCUUCGCCUUUGGGGCAUCUCUUCCUCUGGCCUAUAAGUACGGUAAGAUCACUCUCCCCCUGCAUCAGGCUGCCAAUUCCUUUCUCCCUCCGUCUCUCCUAUUCGUGUCUAAUGGCCAGCACUGCGCUCUUCCAAGCAGUUAGAACUCUACAGUCCCAUGGAUGUUUCACUAACUUCGGUGUUCAGCAAGAGAAUGGAAAUCCUACCCUAAGAUUGGUCCCCAAAGGUUUCAGAGCUGACAUUGGGCUGUCGAGAAGAUGGAGUUAUUGCUCUAGAGGGAGGAGUAUCGUUGUUUCUCAAGCCUCAACUUCUCAGACUUCAGUGUUCGACCCAGUUUUAACCCCAUCAAAUAACAAGACUGUUGAUUCCAGAAAGAAAUCAAGUGAAGCAGCUUUGAUCCUUAUUCGACAUGGUGAGUCCUUGUGGAAUGAAAAGAACUUGUUUACAGGUUGUGUAGAUGUGCCAUUAACCAAAAAGGGUGUGGAAGAGGCAACUGAAGCUGGUAAAAGAAUCAGCAACAUACCUGUCGACAUAAUCUAUACAUCUGCACUAAUUCGUGCACAAAUGACUGCUAUGCUUGCUAUGACGCAGCACCGACGCAAGAAGGUUCCUAUCAUUAUGCAUGACGAGAGUGAGCAGGCAAAGUCAUGGAGUCAAAUUUUCAGUGAUGAAACGAAAAAACAAUGUAUUCCAGUUGUCACAGCUUGGCAGUUGAAUGAAAGAAUGUAUGGGGAACUGCAAGGUCUUAACAAGCAGGAAACUGCGGAUAGAUAUGGAAAGGAACAAGUUCAUGAGUGGCGCCGUAGUUAUGACAUACCUCCACCCAAUGGUGAGAGUUUGGAAAUGUGUGCUCAGAGAGCUGUUGCAUACUUCAAAGAAUAUAUUGAACCCCAACUUCUAGCAGGCAAGAAUGUAAUGAUUGCCGCCCAUGGAAAUUCAUUAAGAUCCAUUAUUAUGUAUCUUGACAAAUUAACAUCCCAGGAGGUUAUUAGCUUGGAAUUAUCAACUGGAAUACCUAUGCUUUAUAUAUUCAAAGAGGGAAAGUUUGUGAGAAGGGGAAGUCCUGUUGCACCUACUGAGGCAGGGGUUUAUGCUUACACAAAGAAUUUGGCUGCAUACAGGCAAAGGUUAGACGAGAUGUUUCAGUGAUGCCUUCUGCCUGGUACAGAGGCUUACAUAUUGUUGUAUUUCCGAUCUACACAUACAUCAGCAAUCAUAUUCAAGAUGAAAGGCUGUUCUGCAUAAGCAUGUCCUCUUGCACAAUUAGACACAGUUCCCGGCGCUAGAUUAUAAUGCUGGAAGCUGUUUCAUAUAUUUUGGAUGUAUCAAUAAUAAAGCCUAUUUUUUCCCUUUUGUGGUAAAAUUUUGUGAUACAUUGUGAAAUUUGGUCUUUUGUGAAUCUGAAAAAAUUAGACAAUACUAAUGUUGGACUCACAUGUACAAAUCAUGCCCAAAUGACCAAAUUUAGUGGAACUGCAGUUUGGGCCUCCUCUUAUUCCCAGUGUUCAGGUCAUAUAUUCUAAAGAUUUAUUUUGCAGCA